AUGAUCAACAGUAACCACAACACUCAAAUAAUGCGUCAAACACCUACCAAUACUAACAAAAAAUUCUGCAGCAUGACUUAUGUGCCUAAUAUUUCUGAAAGAAUUUCCAAACUCAUCAGAAGCAAGACUGAAGACGUCCAACUUGCAUUCAAACCGCAAAAUAAAGUUAAAAACUUUUUCACAAGACUGAAAGACAAGAAAAAUAAAUUAGAUUUGAAAAAUUUAAUUUAUAAGAUUCCUUGUGAAUGUGGAUGUUGCUAUAUUGGACAAACAAUACAAAUGUUGCACAAACGAUUAUCACAACAUAAAACUGAUGUCAACAGACUUAAAAAACUUCUCUUGGACCCGAAGAGUGCACCAGGGUUGUUAAAUGAAGCAAUCAGCAAAUCGGCAUUGGUCAAACAUGUGUCAGAAACUAAUCAUAAGUUUGAUUUUGAUGCUGUUGAAAUUUUAGAUGUUGCUAAUCAAAGAUCACAAUUAAAUGUUUUGGAAAUGUUACACAUUAAAGCGAACAACACUGUCAAUCAACGCACAGACACAUUGAAGCUGAGUCAACUUUAUAACGGCAUCAUAAAGAUCAAGAACAGGAAGAACAAAACACCAACACAACUACAACAAACCUAA